GUCAUUCAGCCCGAUUAACUGUAUUCACACGCGUUUCAGCAAUUUGUGCAAACAAUUCAAGUGCAAUAUCAUAUGGAAUAAUAUUAAAAAGUGAUUUGUUUGAAAAUUAAAUGCGUCUCAAUAAAUAAGACGUAGCUGAUCGAAUGCCGUCAUUAGUUUAUCGGCUUGUGUGCACAAUGAUGGCAACACUGCAUACGCCGGCCAUGUUAUGAUAUGUAAAAGGUGGACGUAGACACGUGUUUAAUUUGUGCUCCUAAAAUACGCUACAAAUUCGUGUCAUAUAAGUCAAAUUAAAAGUAGUGAAUAUAUUAAAAAACAAUAAAGUUAACAAUUUCGCUUAUUCAAAAGCAAUUCAAAGUAUAUUAAUUACCCCACUGGUUUAAAAAGAUUCUCCAAUAUUCAGCGAAAAUGGUAUCCGGUCGUCCUCUACUCUAUCUCUCACUGCCCGGUGUAGCAUUUAUACUCGGCGUCUUUUGGUUUCGGCGUAGAAAUAAAAAUCGUGUUGAUAAAAACGAUGACGAUGCAAAUGCCGCCGCUGCCAAUGGAAAGCCGAUCAAAGAGGCCCUCGAGCCGGGAACACAGCGUAAAGCAGUGAAUGGCGUUCAGUCCCAUAAUGGCAAAUUGCCUACGGGCAACGGUAAUGGAGCGGUGCCUGGUACCGGUGCCACCAAAUCAAUGAACAUCAGUGUGGGCAACGGUUCAGUGCUGAACAAUGUGGAUUAUGAGAAGGAGAGUCCGAAUACAAUGUUAUAUGGCAAAUCAGCGCCAAUUACAAUACAGAGCAAUGGACGCGCAUCGCCCGGCAAACAUCAGCAGCAGCAGAUUGAUACGGAAAUGCUGAAGUCUAAGAUACAAGAUGCAGAGCAUAAGAAACUCUGUUCCAUUGACGAGGACUUUGAGAAUCUGUCAUCGCCCAGAGAUUUACCUGAUUCAAUAUCGAAAAAUCGCGUCUCCUUCUAUAACCGGAAGAUCAACCAAAAGGCCGAGGAGCCGGUUGUCAUCAAAGCGACGCGCACACCAAAAAUAUCGCCAGAGAAUUCAUUUCUCGAGAGCAAAUACACCAAGGAAUGCGAGCAGAAUAACAACUGCGAGCCAAAUCCAAGUGCGGGCGCAGAUGCAGAUAAGAAGCAGCAGCAGCUGGAGGUGGAUGAGAAGAAGGGGGAGAAUGCCGUUGCCACUGUGGAGCAGGCAAUAAAGCCCGUAGAACAGACAAAACUACAAAGCACAGAUGCAGCACAGAUCAAACAGACUGAGGAGCCAACAAUUGUAGCAAAGCAUGUGGAUUUGAAUGAGAAUUCGAGUGCUACAGUCACUGAUGUCACUGCCGCCAAAGCCGCCAAAGCCGCUGUUGCUGCUGUUGUUGAUGAUGCAGUCAAUGGCAACCAGAAGCGCAAUGUGGAUGCAGCUAGUCCAUCGCUUAGCAUUUGCAGCGUGCAAUCUGGUGAUUCCGGCAAAGGCUCCAGCUUGCCGCGAUCGGAGGCAACUUCGCGCGUGAAGAGCUCAUAUCGUUUCUUCUUCCCAAAUAGCUUGAUUGGCCAGCUAUAUGGACGCAAACGUUCGUUCAUCAAUCAAAUCAAGUCGAAAACUUUGGCCAAUGUCGGCCUGAGCAAGAAUCGCUAUUCAUCCGGCAAGUUGCGCAUUUGCACCAUUGAAGGCACCGACAAUGAGAUCGACGCCGCGCUGGCCAUGAUACGCCAGCGUUUGCCAUCCAGACGCUAUCCCAAUUUUACAAUGCAAAGAAUUCACUAUGCGCUUCCGCAAUCCAUAGUUCCUCUAUCGACUGAAAGCCUCUAUAGCUUACAAAUAAAUUUGAUCGAGGGCAUCAACAAUGACGUGUCAGUCAGCGCAGUGCUCUCUGGAGAUCAUGUGUUCGUACAGCAUCCGUUACAUCCAUCGCACCCAUCGCUGCAUGCACUUCAGAAAUCGAUGCUGGACAGCUACUCGAGCAUGGAGGCGCCCAAGUUGCCGAGUAUCGAGAUCAGCGCCGUCUGUGUGAUGCCCAUCAACGGCUGUUGGUAUCGCGUUCAAAUCGUGGACAACGAUCCCAAUGACGACGAGGAGCGGUGCCUGAUCAAGUUCUUGGACUUUGGCGGCUAUAUGAAUGUCAGCUUUAAUGUUUUGCGUCAAAUUCGCACAGACUUUAUGGCGUUGCCAUUUCAGGCAACCGAAUGCAUACUGUCCAAUAUCGAGCCAAUCGAUGAGACCUGGUCUAUCGAUGCGGCCGAUAUCCUCAACAAAUUAACCAAAGGCAUUGUCUUGCAAGCACAAGUCGCCGGCUAUAACAGCCAUAAUAUACCAGAAAUCUAUUUAUUUGCUUCUCUAGGUCCAAACAACGUAAUUUUUAUCAAUAAGGAACUUGUCGCCAGAAAUCUCGCUAAAUGGGUCGAGAUGCGUGACUAACAGCCCAAAUGAACAAUAAAACUUAACACAUAGGAAACUACAACAACAACAACAACAGCAACAAACAAGAACUAGCAGCUAAACACUGGAUGUCUCAAAGUGCUGGAUAAAACUCCCAACAUGCAAAAAGUUGUAGAACGCGACUGAGUCCGUAUUUAUUUAUAAAUACAAAACAACACACCCACACAGACACACACAUA